AGUCUUGCUUUGAAAAAGCCAUUUUGUGUCACUCUUGACGGAGAAUAAUUUCCUAAUACAUCUGUUGGGACGAUUGCUGACAGAGUAUGCCAUUUGAAAGGUACUUUUCCUGACCAAAUACCAGUGAUUACAGAAGAGAGGCUUUUUAUUUUCCUGAUCAUUAUGAACAUUGGCUUUUCACUCCUGAAGUAAAAAUGUUGAAAACUGAGUCUUCAGGUGAACGGACCACUCUCAGAAGUGCCUCUCCUCACAGGAAUGCAUAUAGAACUGAGUUCCAGGCACUGAAAAGUACCUUUGAUAAACCCAAGUCAGAUGGGGAACAAAAAACAAAAGAAGGUGAGGGCUCCCAGCAGAGCAGGGGCAGGAAAUAUGGCUCUAAUGUCAACAGAAUUAAAAAUCUAUUCAUGCAGAUGGGUAUGGAGCCCAAUGAGAAUGCUGCAGUCAUUGCCAAAACAAGGGGGAAAGGUAGACCUUCAUCUCCUCAGAGAAGGAUGAAGCCCAAAGAGUUUCUGGAAAAAACAGAUGGCUCGGUUGUUAAAUUGGAGUCCUCUGUUUCCGAAAGAAUUAGUAGAUUUGACACAAUGUACGAUGGCCCUUCCUAUUCCAAGUUCACAGAGACUCGGAAGAUGUUUGAGAGAAGUGUGCAUGAAUCCGGACAGAACAACCGCUACUCGCCAAAGAAAGAGAAAGCUGGAGGGAGCGAACCACAGGAUGAGUGGGGUGGUUCCAAGUCCAACAGAGGCAGUACCGAUUCCUUGGACAGCCUUAGCUCCCGGACUGAGGCUGUCUCCCCAACUGUGAGUCAACUGAGUGCAGUCUUUGAGAAUACUGAUUCCCUGGGUGCCACCAUUUCCGAGAAGGCUGAAAACAGUGAAUACUCAGUCACUGGCCAUUAUCCCCUCAAUAUUCCAUCUGUUACUGUUACGAAUCUUGACACCUUUGGCCACCUUAAGGAUUCUAAUUCUUGGGCUCCUUCAAACAAACCAAGUAUUGAUACGGAGGAUGCUCAGAAGAGUAAUACAACUCCAGUACCAGACGUGGCUUCUCAAAGUACCUCUCUAGCCUCCAUACCCAGUGAAGAGACACAGGAGAACAAGGAAGCUGAGGACUCUCCAUCUAACCAGGAGACUCCGGACAGAACUGAUAAAGACCUUUCUGAAGAACCUUGUGCUGAAAAUAAGGCAAUGCCUAAGUCUGAAAUCCUUUCCCCACAAAAGGAACCUUUAGAAGAUGCUGAAGCUAAUUUGCUUGGGAAUGAGGCAGCCAAGCAGCAGAGCAAAGAACUUGGAGGAGGUGAUUUCACCUCUCCUGAUGCUUCGGCAUCCAUUUGUGGAAAAGAAAUACCUGAUGAUUCAAAUAAUUUCGAGAGUUCUCAUGUGUACAUGCACAGUGACUAUAAUGUGUAUAGAGUAAGAUCCAGGUAUAAUUCCGACUGGGGAGAGACAGGCACUGAGCAGGAUGAGGAGGAAGAUAGUGAUGAGAGCAAUUACUAUCAGCCCGAUAUGGAAUACUCGGAAAUCGUUGGACUUCCAGAAGAAGAAGAAAUCCCAGCAAAUCGUAAAAUUAAGUUUAGUAGUGCUCCAAUUAAGGUUUUCAAUACAUACUCCAAUGAAGACUAUGACAGGAGAAAUGAUGAAGUUGUCCCUGUGGCUGCUUCAGCUGAGUAUGAACUUGAAAAACGUGUAGAAAAGCUGGAACUUUUUCCUGUGGAACUGGAGAAAGAUGAGGAUGGUCUUGGUAUAAGUAUUAUUGGAAUGGGUGUUGGAGCAGAUGCUGGACUUGAAAAGCUGGGGAUAUUUGUCAAGACAGUAACAGAAGGUGGUGCUGCUCAGCGGGAUGGCAGAAUACAGGUCAAUGACCAGAUUGUGGAGGUGGAUGGAAUCAGCUUGGUGGGUGUAACACAGAAUUUUGCUGCAACCGUUCUCAGAAACACCAAGGGCAAUGUCAGAUUCGUUAUUGGGCGAGAAAAACCAGGACAAGUGAGUGAGGUGGCCCAGUUGAUAAGCCAGACACUGGAACAAGAAAGGCGCCAGAGAGAGAUGCUUGAGCAGCACUAUGCCCAGUACGACGCCGACGAUGACGAGGUAACCAUGGAGGAUUUCAAUAAAUCCCUCAAACAGUCAGCACUGUCCCACGAAAUUCUGGGGAAUACCAUGACUGAUUUGCAAGGAGUGUCUGGCAACUGCAAUAACAAUAACAACUAUUUCCUUAAGACAGGAGAAUAUGCUACUGAUGAAGAAGAGGAUGAGGUAGGACCUGUACUUCCUGGCGGUGACAUGGCCAUAGAAGUCUUUGAGCUUCCUGAGAAUGAGGACAUGUUUUCCCCAUCAGACCUGGAUACGACCAAGCUUAGUCACAAGUUUAAAGAGUUGCAGAUCAAACAUGCAGUUACAGAAGCAGAGAUUCAAAAAUUGAAGACCAAGCUGCAAGCAGCAGAAAAUGAAAAAGUGAGGUGGGAACUAGAAAAAACUCAACUCCAACAGAACAUAGAAGAGAAUAAAGAAAGAAUGUUGAAGUUGGAGAGCUACUGGAUUGAGGCCCAAACAUUGUGCCACACAGUGAAUGAGCAUCUCAAAGAGACUCAAAGCCAGUAUCAGGCCCUGGAAAAGAAAUACAAUAAGGCAAAGAAAUUGAUCAAGGAUUUUCAACAAAAAGAGCUUGAUUUCAUCAAAAGACAGGAAGCAGAAAGAAAGAAAAUAGAAGACUUGGAAAAAGCUCAUCUUGUGGAAGUUCAAGGCCUCCAAGUGCGGAUUAGAGAUUUGGAAACUGAGGUGUUCAGGCUACUGAAGCAAAAUGGGACUCAAGUUAAUAACAACAACAACAUCUUUGAGAGAAGAACAUCUCUUGGUGAAGUUUCUAAAGGAGAUACCAUGGAGAAUGUGGAUGUCAGGCAAACAUCUUGCCAAGAUGGCCUAAGUCAAGACUUGAAUGAAGCAGUCCCAGAGACAGAGCGCCUGGAUUCAAAAGCACUGAAAACUCGAGCCCAGCUCUCUGUGAAGAACAGACGCCAGAGGCCCUCUAGGACAAGACUCUAUGACAGUGUCAGCUCAACAGAUGGGGAGGACAGUCUGGAGCGCAAGCCUUCAAACAGUUUCUAUAACCACAUGCAUAUUACCAAAUCACUUCCACCCAAGGGUUUGAGAACUUCUUCUCCAGAAUCAGAUUCUGGUGUUCCACCCCUCACCCCAGUGGCUAGCAAUGUGCCCUUCUCGUCUGACCACAUAGCUGGAUUUCAAGAAGGACCACUGCACCCAGAAGGGGGGCCUUUCUCUUCUGUUUGGGGAGAUACUUCACUCUCCUCUCCUUCAAAAUCUGAACAUGAUAUGGAAGAAUCUCCUUUCCACCAUCAAGCAGCCACCAAGAAAAUAUUACAAGAAAAAGAUGGUGCCAAAGGUCCCCGAUCACUAAGAUCAUCUAGUUCACUGGUGGUGCAAGGAGGAAAAAUUAAGCGGAAGUUUGUGGAUCUGGGGGCACCUUUGCGAAGGAAUUCCAACAAGGGAAAGAAAUGGAAAGAAAAAGAAAAGGAAGCUAAUAGGUUUUCUGCAGGUAACAGGUUCUUCAGAGGCAGGCUGGAGAACUGGAAACCCAAGCCACCCUCAGCACCUCAGGCCUCCACUCGCUCCCCUUGCAUGCCUUUCUCCUGGUUUAAUGAAAGCUGCAAAGGAUCCUAUUCCUUCGGGAACCUGCCUUCACCUACAAGUCCCCUUCAGCCUUCACCUGAGGCUCUAUUUUCAGAUAAAAAGGGGUCCAAGAAUUUUACCUUCAAUGAUGACUUCAGUCCCAGCAGUACCAGUUCGGCAGACUUGAGUGGCUUAGGAGCAGAACCCAAAACGCCAGGGCUCUCUCAGUCACUAGCAUUGUCAUCAGAUGAGAUCCUUGAUGACGGACAAUCUCCCAAACACAGUCAGUGUCAGAAUCGAGCCGUUCUUGAAUGGAGUGCGCAGCAGGUUUCUCACUGGCUAAUGAGCCUAAAUCUGGAGCAGUAUGUGUCUGAAUUCAGUGCCCAGAACAUCACUGGAGAGCAGCUUCUGCAGUUGGAUGGAAAUAAACUUAAGGCCCUUGGAAUGACAUCAUCCCAGGACCGAGCAGUGGUCAAAAAAAAACUCAAGGAAAUGAAGAUGUCUCUAGAGAAGGCCCGGAAGGCCCAAGAGAAAAUGGAAAAACAAAGAGAAAAACUGAGGCGGAAGGAACAAGAACAAAUGCAGAAGAAGUCCAAAAAGACAGAAAAGAUGACAUCAACCACAACAGAGGGCUCUGGUGAGCAGUGACACACACCCUCGUACGAGGGGUGUCUGAGAGAAGUCCCCACCUCCUCCUGCCCUGCUCUCCUCCAGGGGAUGAAAAGACACUGAUGGACGAUAGGGCAGUGCUGCUCUAGGCAGGUUGAAGAGCCCUGUGUUAAAUAACUGCAUUUUCUGCAAUAAUAGAAUGCACUCUUAACUUUAACCUACUGAAAUAGCCCCAAGUCACCUUUGGUUUAUUAACAAACCAGAGAUCUCAUUUGUGAGAGAUGCAAGUAGCUGUGCUUCUCUCUUCUCUCAUUUACCAACAUCCUGUGUUGUGUUGGGUGUGUUGUGUCACUCGGAGAACCAGCGUGACCCUGUCCAACAAGAGCACAACACACUCCAGUGUUGUUAGUGGAGCGCCAUGAGCUUUCAGUUUGGGAUCCCGAAACUGAGCCAUUGUAUAUGUUAGCACGGCAGAGGGCACCCUGUCAUGAGAUCUGGGUGCAGUCUUUACUUAUUUGUAGGGCUGCAGAAUCCACUCCAGUGUGUAAGAAAGGCUGCUUCUCAAUCCUGUGUCUGGACAGUAGACCACCUCGCUGUGAAAACGGGUACUCUGCCAUAUAAGUACCUGCUAAAGACAGGGGCAGGUACACUGUGCUGCUUACUGGGCAUCAGAAGAAAAGAGAUAGGGCUAUUUGUUACCCAUAGAAGAAAGCAAAAGCCUUAAGAAUGUGAGCGUGGGUAUUACUUUGGAGUUCUGAGGGUGACAUUUAUCCUCUAGAUAGAGCUGAGCAAAGAAGAAAAAAGUUAGACAUUAAUACAGCCAUGGGAUUUGGGGAUCUGUUGUUUACUUUGCUACCACUGCGUGUUCAGUAUUUCAGCAACAUGGGCAAACACAACACAGUUCCUUUUCUUUCUUUUUUUUUUCUUUCCAACAAAUUGAACAGGAAAUUGAUUUCUAAGGAAACCAACAUUUUCAGGUUUCCUCUCUUGGGGAACAUUCUGGCUGGUCUUCAGCCUGCCUAUGACACAAUCAGGAACUUGUCACAUAUUUUCUACUCAAGAUUUCCCACGUGGGCUCAGUUAGUGUUUUAACAAAUGUGCUUAAAAACAAAUAGAAAUUCCAGUUAGAGAAAAUUUAGAUUUGAGUAACAUUCAACCAGAGAACCAAUUUUUACUGAGCACACAGAAUGUUCGUGUAAAAGAGCUGUCAGUUACACUUUAGAGGUAUUUUGAAUGGUUUUUCUGAGCCAUUCUCUUCCAUACUUAAGAGAUUUCCACUUUACAGUAAAGUUUAAGGCAGUACUUAGGAUACACUUUAAUGGAGAAACUUACUCUUCUUUAAAACCAGUGUUAAGCAUUUCAGUAUUUCACCAAACUAAAUCCAGUGUAGGAGGCUGGGGCAGAAAGAGGAGAAAAUAAAUUCAUUUUGAAAAAUUUCAUUUGAGACUUUUCUGUUUGUUGUUUGUUUGUUUUACUUUUUACAUUCAGAUGUCUGAUUUUCCUUGUUUCAUUGGCUCUAAAAAUGAGGUCAUCUAACUUUCUAAAAGACAAGUUCCAAAAUAAGACAAUGGCAAGGCAAGUGUUUUACUUUCUUUACUAAGAGUCUGUGCUUCGGUCCUGGCACUGUCCGUAUCCUCACACAGGAACGACUCUGUCUGCAGACUUUGGGGGAUUACUAGUAUUACUAGUAACAGACAACACAAGGGGAUUUCUGCCCAUAGGGCCCAUCUCAUAUUUUCAACAUUGUGAUUUUAUUUUUUAUUGAUUUUUUAAAAACAUUUUGCUUAUUCAGUUAUCCAAGUUCUGGAAUUAUCUAUCCUAAAAACAUAGAAUCCUGUCCUUUUUUCUAAGGCCUGUUUCCUUUUUGGUACCAGAGUUUUGUCUUCUAAGCUUCAGCCCCUUUGUCACUAGGUACAGACCAUCCAUUCAAUCCUCAGCAAUGUUGGCAUAAAGUAACAAUAUGUUUUACAGUCAUCCAAGUCACUUUGCUGCCUGUCUGUACUUGGGGUGUGAGAAUGAAACUGCCGUACUGGAUACUCUGUUUAUAUCUUGAGAUGUCUGGUGCUUUACUAUUUAUUAAAAUCAUGAGAAUCAAGGAGCCACUAUUAAUUAACUAAAAAUUUGGGAAAUCUUUUCUGAUACUAAAAAACUAAAUUUGUAGAAAUCUGGUAAUACUAAUGCUUGCCAUUGUAAAUUUUUUGCCAUUUUUGCUUAUCUUUAGGAAAAAUGUGACCUGGAUCACACUGGAAGUUUUACUGUAUUCAUUUCAAGAGUGAAAAUAGAAUGAUGAUCUAAGUUAUGUUUACACUUUGGUAAUAUUUGAAAACGGAUGUAUAUAUUGGAAAUGUCUAUAUGUCUCUGCACAUAAUUUAUGAUCUAUUAUAUUGCAUUUACUUAAAUGUCUUAGAAGUAUUGUUCUUUAUUGUAAUUUAAUUUGUACACUUCCAAUGUUUGGAUCAAUGUCCAACUGACAAUGUUAUAAAUCAGAGUCUUAUUCUUCAGAUCAUUUAGUUUGUAUUAUAACUAUUUUAAUUUUCUUAAGUUAAAUUAUAGUAAUUUUAGGCCUAAAUGAGUUAUUUUAACAUUACUACUUAAAACUCCUGAAAUUGUAAAAGGCACUUGAUUUGAUUGUCAAAUGUAAACUGAUUGAUAUAAGGAUAUGAAAACAAAGGGAAGGACCUCAGAUCUUGUGAGCAUUUUGUGUUCCUAUUAUUUCUGUUAUUGACUGUAGUGCAUGAUGCCUCGUUGAGGUUCCAGUGUCUUGCACAAUUCCUGCUUUAAUGCUAGUGGUUUUUAGUGUCCAUACAGUAUAACACAGAAGUGUUGCUUCACAAACCUUAAAGACUUUGCAGUUUUGUAUUAUCAGAAAAAUGAACAAAAAGGGAAUAUCUGGUUACUAUGAACUUUAUUGCCUAGAAGUUCAGUAAUGGCCGAAAGUGUUUCAUGGU